UAUUACGGAAAGUUCUCUGUUCCUUCAUGAUUUAUGUGGGAAAACAAGCGGAGCUACUCGAGCAAGACGGUAAAUCUUAGUUCAAGAAAGAUCAUCUUGGAGGCGCCAUUGAUACUUAUACAGAGUUGCCCUAUGACCAAAUGUUCCUGUGUAUUGGACGAAUCGUGAAAUGAUUGAUUCGAGAGCAGAAGUAUGUACGGUCACUAACCCUUUCUAAGUUUCAUUUCACUUAGCAAUGGGUAAAAGUCGAGGAAGAUUGCCGGAGAGCUAUUCAGCUUGACAACUCUUUCUGUUAAGGCUGGACUUACCAUGGAUACGCAUGCAACUGUUUCUCCAAGGAGUUUGUGUUUGACAUAAACACGGUGACAUGCUUCUUAACUGCCGUCUUAGAAAGAUGAUAUGAUCAUUCUUGUUUGUAGAGGAGGGUUGCCAUGGCUUUUUCAUUUUUGCAUAUCUGUAAUCGUUGCAUUCUUUCCGUUGUAAAGGAUGAUAGGAUUAUAGACUAUAGAGUAGGGUUCAUGGCUUUUAAGUGAGUGUGUAUCUAUGUUUGUUUGUGUCACAAUGUAUGAAUGUGUGAUUUGAUGAUCAUGCUGUGGAGGAUGCUGUCAUGGCUUUUACACAUGCACACAAGCGUGAUGUAAUUUCCAAAGGGAAUAUGUGAAGGCCACUUGAAGUGCUAAGGAUAAUGGCAGCAGUAGCAAGGCUCACUAUAUGUUGGGACUUGCAUUGCUACAGAGACAAGAAUCUGUUGGAGUCAAAAAGCUGCAGAAGGUAUGAAGUCUUUUCUGAUCUGGAUUGUUCUUGAAAAAGUGUAUUCUCAGUUGCUACUGAUGUUUUGUUUGUCUAGUUAAGCCCAAUAAAUUUUUGGAUUAAUUCUUAUUCAAUUUUACUUGUGGUUCAACUAUGAACAGGACAACCACCAGGCCUUGUAGCCUAGUGGUACCUGGGUCUCCUUGUAACUGUUAGCACGGGGUUCUAUCCCCCACAAUAAACAAUUACCUAGCAAAAAAGGAAAAAAAAAACUAUGAACAGGACAGAAUCUCUCUCCCCGUGUUUCAUUAUCCAACAUGUCUCUAGAGGACAAUGAGAAGAUGCGGCAAACUCUAGCUAACAAAGAAGCCAAGAAUACUACUACUAGGCCAUGGCCAGAUCUCCCUCAUCAAAUAGCAAGCCAGUUGACUCUUGAGCAAGGCAUCAAUACUGGGAGUGUGACCAAGUCAUGGAGAGCUACAACCAAGAAAUGCAAUCCAAAUGCAAUGCUGCCUUGGCUUCAAAUUUCUGACACCAAUACUGGCAUCAGUGAUCAACAACAGCGUGAUAUUACCGACCCAUGGGUGGCAUGGAGAGCACCUCGGUAUCAAUGGAAAUAUACUAUCUGGGGUGCACUAAUGGUAGACUGGUGGCUAAAUGGCCUACAGCUUCAACCUACCUUCUAUGGGAUCCAGUUGAGAGAUCAUGGUCUAGUUUCCCUUUAUGAGAUGCCAGAUUUGAAUUUAAAUGUGCUGCUCUAUCCUCGACAUGUUCCUGUGGUCGCAUGGUGAUGAUAUUGACAGGCACUAGUCAUCCAGCUUUCAUGUUCCAUAGGCUAGAUAGUGUAUAUAGAGGCAGUAUACAUCCAGAUAAAACGUUCCGGUAGCUAAUUAGAGAAAGAGGAGGUGGGUACGAAUGAAUAAAACAAGACUGCUCUCUCAUUGAUCCACAUGCUCCAGGCAAUGCACAAAAGCAUUAUAUGCAAUUUACUAAUGCUAUUGGAUUUAGAGUUAAGUUCUAUGCUUUGACUUUGCAGGAAACUCUUGCCGUGAUAGAAGAAGAUGAUUCUCAUCCAGAUAUUUGGGGUGGUUGGUGUACGGAAAAGGUGACAAGUCCUUAUGGGGUCAGCCUAUGGAAAUACAUUAGAAGUGGCUGGUUGAAUUUCUCUAAACUCCUUGUAUAUGAUGUGGGGGAUGGUACUAGAGUGAAAUUUUGGAAGCAUGUGUGGUGUGGGAAUUGUACUCUCCAAGAGGCCUUUCCGGAACUUUAUAGUAUUAGUAGGUCAAAGGAUUCCUCGGUGGCUGAAGUUAUGGGUUGGUCUGCUGGGUGGUUUCACUGGAAUGUGCAAUUUCGUCGUCCACCACAAGAUUGGGAAGAAGAAGCCUUUGAUCGGUUUAUGAGGUUGGUCUAUUCUUCGACAGUGCGGGGGUUUGGCCCGGAUAAGGUUUGUUGGAAGCUUGCAAGGAAUAGAGGUUUUGAGGUUAGAGGAUAUUAUAACUCAUUCUACCCUACUAAUCUUGUUGCCUUUCCAUGGAGAAUGAUAUGGCACUCGAAGGUUCCUCCAAGGGUGGCAUUCUUUUCUUGGUCUGCUUCCUUAGGUAAGAUCUUGACAACAGACAAUCUUCGUAAAAGACAUGUGAUAGUGCUUGACUGGUGCUAUAUGUGUAAGAGUUGUGGGGAGUCGGUGGAUCAUCUUCUACUUCAUUGCGCCAUAGCUUGGGAGUUAUGGUCCUUGGUUUUCUGCCUGUUUGGUAUUCAAUGGGUUAUGCCUCAUACAGUUCUUGAGUUGUUUGAGGCUUGGCAAGGAAAGUUCAAGAGACAUCGUCACAUUGAUGUUUGGAAAUUAGCGCCUCAUUGCUUGUUUUGGUGUAUUUGGCGUGAAAGGAAUGCUAGAAGCUUUGAGGGUUGUGAGCGUUCCUUGUUAGAGAUUAAGUCUUCGUUCUUGCACACUCUCUUUGAAUGGAGUGUGGUCUUUUCUCAUUUUUCUUGUUCUUCAUUUCCUAUUUUUCUUGACCGUUGUACUUUUGUUUCCUGAUUUGUGCCCCCAUAGUACAUCCCCAAUGUACUCGGUUUGGCACAUUUCCUAUUAUUAAUAAUAUUCUUACGUUACUUAUCAAAAAAAA